CACUAGUCAGUUGCUGAACUGCUACUGACACGCGUGGGUGUCCGAUUCAGUUGCGCUCAUUCUUUCAAAAUUUCGCGUUCCGUGAGUGACAAAAACAACAUGAGUUGCUUCCAAUUUGACGGCAACAUCAGGGAAAUCGAAGGAAUUUCCGUCGACAGCUUCCAGGAUAACGACUUCAAGCGCGGCUCCACUUUUUUUCUUUCCCACUGCCACUCAGAUCACAUGGUGAACCUGAUCGAUGGCUUCACAAAGCACAUUCCUUACCAGCCAGACUUGGAACUGCACUGUACGGUCAUGUCUUCCAUCAUCCUGAAGAACAAGUUCGCACAUUCUGAGGAGGCCUCUUAUGUGCUGGAUCAGGUACUGCGUCCUCUCCGCGAGGACGAACCGACCUUCAUCCGAUUUAUGUGGAACCGUUUGCCAGCUGCUAUGAAAGUGACUGCCAUCCCAGCAAAACACUGUGUUGGCUCUUGCAUGUUUCUCUUUCGAUUUGUGGGCAAAAACGUUUUGUACACUGGCAAUUUCCGCCUGCAUGAGUUCGAGUUGGAGGGAAUCGACGCCCUGCAUGAUGAAGGUGACGUUUUGCAACUUGACAAAAUCUACCUGGACACAACCUUCCUGAAGCUAGAGAAGCACACCUUCCCAACCAGGAAAUGGGUGCUCUCGUUCAUCUUCAACGAAAUUGACAACCACCUGGAGGAAACCGAUGGCGAGGGCGUCAUUCACAUUUUCAGACCUUCAGCUUUCUUGGGCUCAGAGAUGAUCAUCCGGGCCGUGGCUCGGAAGUACAAAUGCAAGAUACACGUCGAGUGGAAUGUGUACAAGCAGUUCAGAGGGAUGCGCAAUGUCAUCCCGUACAUCACCUAUAAGAGCUACGCCACCAACAUCCACAUGUGCCGCCUGGAUCGCAGUGGGCACAACAAUUGCUGCAAUCAGCCCAAUGUGCUAAAACUGCACCCUUCUGCUCUGUGGUAUGCCAACAGCAAUUCGACUAAUUGGGUGAGGCGAGGUCGCAACAAUCAAACGGUGCAUAUUGCUCACUCGAUGCACUGCUCCAGAAAGGAGUUGGAGGCUUUCAUAGGCUACUUUGGCCCUACCCAAAUGACACCUUUGGUCGUUCCAGAGGGAUUUACCAUGGAUGAGAUUCAAGAAGAAGUAGAUAACAUCCAGCAGGAGGUUCUCGACUGAUCCUUGCACUUGCAGACAAACAAUCCAUACUUGCACUUCCGCAAGCAUAAAAUAUUUCAGCAAAUAAAUUUUAUAUCAGAUACUGAUAGAGGAGAAGUAAAUUUUCUUUACUAAAAUACAGAAUCUAACUUUUAAUAAAAUAAAAUUUUUAAUUUCUCUGAAGU